AUGCGCCCCGGAGGCCCCGCGGGUCCCACAACCCCCGCGCACCAUGCCCGUGCACUCCCCCCCGCCCAUCACGCCCCGUGCGCCCCUCCCCCCCGCGCCCCCAUGCUCCUUAUCCACACGCAGCAGACACGCCCCAAGCGCCUCGCGGCUUCCCGCACCCCGGGCUCCCAGGCUAGCCCUGCACCCCCACGCCCCCGCGCGCCCCACCCCCGCGCUCCUCGAGGCCACCCCCUGCGGGCCCCGCUCCCCUCUGCACAUCCAGAGCGCCCCGCGGUGUCCCGGCAUCCUGCGCCCCUCCUUACCUCAGCAUGCUCCGUGCCCCCCGCGCGACCCGUGAACCCCUCCCCCGCGCGACCUGCACCUGCCCCCCACCCCUGCGAGUCCAGAGCACCCAUGGCGUCCCGCAGCGUCCCAUGCCUCCUGCACCCACCCGAGCGCCCCACCCCCCACGCACUCCCUGCUCCUAGCCGCCACACUGUGUGCCGCCCCCCCUGCGCGACCCAGGCCCCCACCCCGACGUGCCCCAGGGCAUCCAGCACGCCCCACCCAGGCGCCUCCCAACCCCCCCCAUUCUGA